AUGAAGAAGCUGUUCUCGCUUUAUACUCAGCUUGUUAUCGAGGGAUCAUUCGAAUUUAAAAGCAGAGUUCCAAGUGGGAGAUGGGAAGAUAACUAUAAGCUGCCUGCUGUGACUGUGGUUCUAGGAGAGCAUUUGCAUUUGACAGUCGGCGACUACCUACUCUCGAGCAAGAGCAACGCAUGA